AAAUAACAGGUGAUCUAUAGAUAUAUUGAUGAGCCUGUGGUGGCGGGAAUUUAACUGUCAAAUAGGUUAAGUACAAUUUUGUCAAUGUUUUGCGGAUUUUAUUGCGUUUUAUUGUUUGAAAAUGGUGCUGCAAAAUUCGGGGAAAUAUAGAGCGGAGCGGAAGGAAAAGCCUGAACAAGUCGAUACAGGAAAUGCACCUGUAAAUAGAGAGGAAAGUUCCGAGUUUCGAUUACGUCAAGUAAUUGAAAACGAUCUUAUUGAUGCUAAAUAUGGGUUUGAAAGGGUUAAAGAUCACAAUGAACGGACAGGGUUUUUACUUAAUAUGCAUUCGACUGAAAUCUUGGAUGAGGAUAAACGAUUAUGCGCUGCUGUGGAUUUUUAUUUUAUGGAAGAGGAUGGGACUAGAUUUAAAGUUUCUUACCCAUUUAUGCCAUAUUUUUAUGUUUUAACCAAAAGGGAGUUGAUUCAAGAAGUCACACAGUUUUUGUCCAAGAAGUUUUCAGGCACAAUUGGAAAAAUUGAGACUGUUACAAAGGAAGACUUGGAUUUGCCCAAUCAUUUAAUAGGUUUAAAGCAAAAAUACAUAAAGUUGUCUUUCUAUAAUCAAACUGAUUUAAUUAAAGUGCGAAAGGACAUUUUAAAGGUAGUUCGUAAGAAUAAAGAGAAAAUAAAUGAGAACACAUACUACACAGAAAUGUUGACAAGUACUCUAACAAACAAUGCAGCUACAGUUCAUAAAGGCACAAGUGACCAAAUGGAAAAUAUAAUGGAUAUAAGGGAAUAUGAUGUUCCAUAUCACGUGAGAGUUUCAAUAGAUUUGAAAAUUUUCUGUGGUUCUUGGUACUCGGUAAAAUGCAAGAGUUCCAGCACAGAGCAGCCCAUAAUUACAGCAAGGCCUGACUUGAUUGAAAGACCUGAACCAAUCGUGCUUGCCUUUGAUAUUGAAACAACCAAGCUGCCUUUGAAAUUUCCUGAUGCCGCCUCUGAUCAAAUUAUGAUGAUUUCAUACAUGAUUGAUGGCCAAGGUUUCUUGAUAACUAACCGCGAAAUCCUGUCGUCGGACAUUGAGGAUUUCGAGUACACCCCAAAACCGGAAUUCGAGGGAAAAUUCACCAUCUACAACGAAGCGAACGAAAUGGGGCUGAUACAGAAGUUCUUCGACCACAUCAUGGACAUCCGACCGCACAUUUUCGUCACGUACAACGGCGACUUUUUCGAUUGGCCGUUCGUGGAGGCGCGCGCGGCCUCCUACGAUCUCGACAUGCGGCAGGAGAUCGGGUUUUUCAAAAACAAAGAGGGCGUGUACUGCGCAAGGCCCGCCAUGCACAUGGACUGUCUGUGCUGGGUGAAGAGGGACUCCUAUUUGCCCGUCGGCUCGCAGAACUUGAAAGCCGUGGCUAAAGCUAAACUGAGAUACGACCCUGUAGAGUUGGAUCCGGAAGAAAUGUGUCCGUUGGCCGCCUCUGAUCCACAAGUGCUUUCAAAUUACUCCGUGUCCGACGCUGUUGCCACAUACUACUUGUACAUGCAAUAUGUGCACCCUUUUAUUUUUGCGCUUUGCACCAUUAUCCCCUGCGAACCGGACGAGGUUCUAAGAAAGGGAUCAGGUACUCUAUGCGAAGCGCUGCUCAUGGUGGAAGCUUUCCACGCCAACAUCAUAUUUCCAAACAAGGAGGAAGCGGUUCUCAACAAACUCACCCAUGACGGCCACGUUUUACAUCAGGAGACUUACGUGGGGGGCCACGUGGAGGCGCUGGAGUCGGGGGUGUUUCGCGCGGACAUCCCUUGCAGGUUCAGGAUGGUUCCCGAGGCGAUAGACAAGUUGAUAGAGCAAAUAGCGAAAACCCUGGAACACGCAAUCGUUGUGGAAGAAGGCGUGCCCAUGGAAAUGGUGACAAAUCUCGAUCAAGUCGCGAAGGAAAUCAAGGAUAAACUUACAUCUCUCAAAGAACACCCGAUGAGGCUGGAAAGGCCGCUGAUUUAUCACUUGGACGUCGGUGCAAUGUAUCCGAACAUAAUUUUGACGAACCGGUUGCAACCGUGCGCCAUGGUCCAUGAAACCAUUUGCGCGGCUUGCGAUUUUAACAAACCCGGCGCCGCAUGUCAACGUACCAUGACAUGGAUGAUGAGGGAAGAGUACUUGCCGGCAAGCCGCAACGAGUACCACAGAAUCCAGCAGCAGUUGGAGAUGGAAAAGUUCCCGGGGCGGUUCCCCGGGCAGGCGCAGAAGGCGUUCCACGAGCUGGGGCGCGUCGAGCAGGCCGAGCACGAGAUGAAACGCCUGCAGGUGUACUGCAGGCGCGUCUACAAGAAGGUGAAGGUCACGCGGGUCGAGGAGCGAGAGACCACGAUCUGCCAGAAGGAGAACUCCUUCUACGUGGACACGGUGAGGGCGUUCAGGGACAGGCGCUACGAGUACAAGGGGCUCUCGAAGAAGGCGAAGCAGGCCGUGGUGGACGCGGUCAGGAGCGGGGACGCCGCCGAGAUCAAGUCGGCCAAGAACAGGGAGGUGCUCUACGAUUCGCUGCAGCUGGCGCACAAGUGCAUCCUCAACUCCUUCUACGGUUACGUCAUGAGGAGAGGCGCCAGAUGGCACAGCAUGGAAAUGGCCGGCAUAGUUUGCUACACGGGGGCAAACAUCAUAAUGAAAGCCCGCGAAAUCAUCGAACAGGUGGGCAGACCUCUCGAGCUGGACACGGACGGUAUUUGGUGCAUCUUACCCGCCUCGUUCCCCGAGAACUUCACCAUCCACACCCGGCACGAGAAGAAGAAAAAGUUUAACGUCUCCUACCCCAACACCGUUCUGAACGCCAUGGUCAAGGAGCACUUCACCAACGACCAAUACCACGAGCUGGUGGACGGGGACAACCACAAGUACGACGUUAAAAGCGAGAAUUCCAUAUUCUUCGAGGUGGACGGUCCGUACAAGGCCAUGGUGCUGCCGGCCAGCAAAGAGGAGGGCAAGAAGCUGAAGAAGAGAUACGCCGUGUUCAACUUUGACGGGUCUCUGGCGGAGCUGAAGGGCUUCGAGGUGAAACGCAGGGGCGAGUUGCAGCUGAUCAAGAACUUUCAAUCGUCGGUGUUCGAGGCGUUCUUAAAAGGCGACACUUUGGAGAGUUGCUACGCGGCCGUGGCUCAGGUGGCCGAUUACUGGCUCGACGUGCUUUUCUCUCACGGCCGCAACAUGCCGGACUCGGAGCUGUUCGACUUGAUCUCGGAGAACCGAUCGAUGUCGAAGAAGCUCGAGGAGUACGGCGCGCAAAAAAGCACCUCCAUCAGCACUGCGAAGAGGUUGGCGGAGUUUUUGGGCGAUCAGAUGGUCAAAGAUGCCGGCUUGGCUUGCAAGUAUGUUAUCAGCAGGAAGCCAGAUGGGGCCCCGGUCACUGAAAGGGCCAUUCCUUUGGCAAUUUUCCAAGCGGAAGAGGCCGUACAAAAACAUUAUCUAAGAAAAUGGCUGAAAGAUACUUCACUAAACGUCAUCGAAAUCAGAGAUAUCUUGGAUUGGGGCUACUACAUUGAAAGAUUGGGUGGCACUAUCCAAAAAAUUAUCACAAUUCCAGCAGCUAUGCAAGGGGUUCCCAAUCCAGUACCAAGAGUGUCUCAUCCAGACUGGCUGCACAAAAAGAUUCUGGAAAAGAGCGACAACUUCAAGCAACGCCGCAUCACGGACAUGUUCUCGCACAGCGCGAAACCGGCAGCCAAUGAAAACGAUCGCAACGGGGCGAAUUCAGAGCCACCCGUGCGGGACAUGGAGGACAUCGUCGGCGACACCCCCAAAGUAACCAGACCCAUGGUGACGGUAACGAAAAGAAAGCGCGGAUCCGAGAAGGAGUGCGAGUUUACCGAGGAGGAACUGAACCUGAGCUGGAGAGAGGUCAUAGGAAAUCCGCCACCGUUUGGCGCAACAAAAGAAGGGCAACAGGCUUGGAUAAGUUUCCAAAAAAGAAAGUGGGAAUUCCAGUUGGCGCAGCGCAAAAUAUUUCAAACAACCGCGCACAAAAAAUCCAAGCCAGCCAUGAAAUCCCUUGUGGGUUUCAUACACAGGGCUCAGAGAACGCUGCUGACGUCCAUGUGGCAAGUUUUGCAAAUCGCCCCCACCAACACGCCGGGUGAAUUCAAACUAUGGGCCUUGGUGCAAAACGAUUUGCAUAUGCUUAAACUGGUUGUCCCAAGGAUGUUCUAUGCUAACUUGAAAGUGCCGAAAGUGGCUGAAGAAGGCGCACUGUUCAAAAAAUGCAACAGAACUUUACCAAGAUCCAGACCCGUCUAUAAUUUGUACUUGUACUCAGUUCCAGAGGAAAUAUUUCAAGAACAUGGAAAGAAGGUUUACUUGGAUCAGAGCGACCCGAACGUGGAAGGCGUGUACGAGACGCAAGUGUCCCCCUUGUUCCGCGCCCUGCUCCAGGUGGGCUGCGUGUGCAAGGCCCUGCGCGCCGGCGGCAAUCAAGAGAGCUUCUCGCUGGAGCAGCUGGACAUGUGCAGCGUUGCCAGACAGCCGUACCUGCCGCGGGACUCGGUGCGCCAUCUGUACUUCUACCAUCACAAGCACGCCACCAAGCCGCAGCACAUGUUCGCGUUGUUUUUGACGCCGCUGAAGAGGGCGACCAUCGUCGUGGUGGACACCGUGCGAACCAAUUUGAUGCCGAACAUGAACAAUUUGUAUCAAGCCGAGAGGGCUGCAAAGAUGGAGAAAAAUCCUUACGAGGAUCUUUUGCCGCCGGACGGUGUUACGUUUGAGGUGCGCGUCGAAACGGACAUGAAUCAAGUUAACAAACAUUUCCAAAAAACCCUACAACAGUACAAGGACGAAAAAAAAGGACCCACCAUGUUGGCCACACAAUCCACAAUGGACAUUCACCAAUUGCAAACGCACGUACCGUUGUUUGGAGAGUUUCCGCAAACUCAAAUACACGUUCAUGAUAUGGACGAUCUCUAUAAUGUGAUAGAUUGGCAGAAAACAGGGGCCAGGGCGAUCGUAAGGCACUAUUUGAACAGCGAGCGCGUUUUGGAACUGAUGGCGGAACAAUGCCGAUACUUCCACUUGCCGCUGGGAAAUAUGCCGGCAGAUCCCGCCCUUUUCGGUUCCGAUCUCUUUUAUGCCAGGAAUUUGAUCAAAAAUAACCACGUUUUGUGGUGUUCGCCACUGGACAGACCUGAUUUGGGAGGUAGUGAAGAAAAUGACUCCAGACUGGUUGCGGAUAAGACGGAAGGGUCGAGCGAGGUGUGCAACUCCCCCGGUUGGUACUCUUCGGUGUGCGUGGAGCUGGACAUCGACAGCCUGGCCAUCAACACUUUGCUCCAGGCGCACCACGUGACCGACGUCGAGGGCACGAGCAGCGCGACCGCCUUCGACGCCGUCGCCGCCGUCGGCAUCGACGACAUGAUGAGCGGCAACGCCGCCGCCAGCGCCACCUACGACGAGACGGCGCGCUGCGCGGAAGCGUUCAAAGUCCUGAGGACGAUGGCGACGGCCUGGAUGAGGGACAUCUCCCUCUACAGGAACGUCUUUGCCGAUUUCCAGGUCAUACAUUUUUACAGGUGGUUAAGAUCCCCCAAAGCCCUCCUAUACGACCCGGCUCUGUUAAGAACCCUGCAAAAUUUGAUGAAAAAGUUGUUUUUGCAAUUGGUGUCCGAAUUUAAACGGUUAGGUUGCACGAUUAUCUACGCGAACUUCAAUAAAAUCGUGAUUUGUUCGAAAAAGAAAAACGUCGAGGACGCGUUGGGUAAAGUGGAAUUCGUUGUGACUUCAAUCAGGAAUAAGGAGUUGUUCCAUUCUCUGGAGAUAACAUACAGGCAGUGCUGGGAACAUUUGGUGUGGUUGGACACGGCAAACUUCGGAGGAAUCCAGGGAAAACUUCCGGAAAACAUGCAAAACGACUCCCAAGAACAAAACGACGAAGAGGAAGACGACGAAGACAAAGAGGAAGAAGCUUUGGUGGUGAUGAAGUGGAACAUUGCGGAUCAGCAGCUGCCCGAGGGCGCCGGUUGCCGCAACAAUUUCAACGCCGUGCUGGCAGGCUACAUCAACGCCAUCUACACGCAACUGAAGAGUCGCCAUGGCGACACGACCGUGCACCAGGCCCUCUCGAGUCAACCGUCCUACGGCCUGGCGGCGCACGAUGACGUCAUCGAGUACGCCCAGAACUUGCUCCAAGGGGAGAUCAGUCAAACGCUGUUUCAGAUGACAGAGAAGAUAAAUUGCAAAUUACAGCCCCUACCAGAUGGCACUAGUGCUGCCUUGGAGUUUGUUAAAGCUAUUUGUCAUAUUUUAGGACUUGAUCCUGCAAUGACUGACGCUGUGUGUAACUUGAAAAGCAAUUUACUGAGACUCAUAGGUAUUGGUGAAUUUUCUGAAAAAGCCGUUUGGAAAGACCCCUCGGUUUCCUAUGUGAUUCCCCAAAUAAUCUGCAAAGCAUGCAACCACUGCAGAGACAUUGAUUUAGGUAGAGAUUCGCAUCGAUCGGAAACUUCUUGGUUGUGCCCCCUUUGCAAUAGUUCCUACGAUAAUGCAGAAAUUGAAAGUCUACUGCUCGAUAUUAUAAGCAGAAAAUUUUUAGCUUACAAUCUGCAAGACUUGCAGUGUGUUAAAUGUGGUCAAAUAAAAAUGGAAAAUCUCAUAAAACAUUGCCAAUGCGCGGCCGGAUUCCGCUGUUUGGUAUCAAAAACGGACCUAACAAAAUUACUUGAAACAUUUUUAACCCUCUCCGAUAAAUUUUCAAUGCCUGCCCUGCAUGAAACAGUGGACCAAACUCUUAAACUUAUUUGUUAAUUUUUAUUUUUAAGACCAACUACUAUUAAUUUUUUUUAAUAAAUUAUUUU